GAGAAAACCUACCGACCGAACAAAAGACAGAGCCUCGUGGAAUCGUUCCAUCGGCGAUGGCACAGCUAGAGGUGUUUUUGUUCACGGCUCUAGCUCGCAUUUCGUCUGGGAAAUCUGCUUCCUUUAUUGGCUAAUCCUGAUCUGUACAUCAACCGACACCUCCAACUAUGGAUUGCACUGAAGUUCCACCUUGUGUGUUUCUGCGUCAAGACAAUAAGAAGUAAGAGGAAACCAUCACGGACGACUGUGGGUUAUUUUCCAUUCCGGACUGAUCCCCAUCUAUAGAGCGGGUCAUUGAGAAACGCAGAAGGGAACGGAUUUUUACCCGAAAUAGAUUUUGAUAGACAAUUUUGUUUCAAUUCUCGGCUGCGAUUUUCAGGAUAUUCCAUUGGUUGGCGUGUAAAGGGCAUGGACACAAUGUUUAUUAUCCACUGUCUACGCAAGUUAUGUUUUAGCUACCAUAAAUUAUCCCUGUAGUUAGAAUAUAUGUCUUCGUGCUCUCUAUUUUGCAAUUAACGGGCUGGGAUGAUAUAACUGCAGUUUAGAGGAUUGCUUUGCGCUGGUAGGAAUAGUGCACUGCUGUAGUUAAGCUCUUUUGAACAGAUAAAGGCCUAUCGGGAUAGACGCUACGCAGAUCACCUAUAGGCUUUCAGAAAUACCCUUUUGUUCAUUUUGACAACUAACCGAUAUAUAUAUAAAAAAAAUCAAUUGUAAUUCAUAUAAACGCAAGUAACCUAUUCUGAUCUGCAGUGUACAGUUGUAGGCUAUAAGGUGGAAUCAUCUACCCACUGCACUAGCAAGGUGACAGUAGAGUAGGGUUGCAGUGUGAGCGGAGUUCUCUGUGAAAGAAGGACAACAGCCAUGGCUCUGCCAGAUAACAGCCCCGGCAUUCCCGUAGCGGAGGAAGUCAUCUUCCCUGAGAUUGUAGAGCUGAACGUGGGCGGCCAGGUGUACAUCACCCGCUACUCAACCCUGAUCAGCGUACCAGACUCUCUCCUGUGGGAGAUGUUUAGCAGGAAAACCACCAAAGGGCUGGCGAGGGACACCAAGGGCCGUUUCUUCCUGGACCGGGAUGGUUUCCUGUUCCGGUAUAUUCUGGACUACAUGAGAGAUCAGCAGCUGGUGCUCCCAGACCACUUCCCAGAGCGGGGUCGCCUGCAGCGGGAGGCGGAGUUCUUCAACCUACCUGAGCUCAUAAAGAUCCUGGCGCCCAAACUCAGCAAGCAGAACUCGCUGGGCGACGAGGGGUGUCAGAGCGACCCGGAGGACUCCUCGCCGGGCAUCGACACCGGGCGCAACCUAGCCUCGCUGGGCACUGCCGCUGCCUGUGCCAGUCUGGUCCCCAGCGGAGACGGUAAACGCUCAGGAUUCAUCACCAUCGGUUAUCGCGGCUCCUAUACUUUGGGGCGUGACAGUCAGUCCGACGCCAAGUUCAGACGUGUUGCACGCAUUAUGGUCUGUGGCAAGACGUCGCUGGCUAAAGAGGUGUUUGGGGAGACGCUGAACGAGAGCCGGGACCCAGACCGACCCCCAGAGCGCUACACGUCACGCUACUACCUCAAAUUCACCUUCCUGGAGCAGGCCUUUGACAAGCUGGCGGACGCCGGGUUUCACAUGGUGGCUUGUAACUCCACGGGGACCUGCGCCUUCGCUCAUGAGCAGACGGACGACAAGAUCUGGACCAGCUACACUGAAUACGUGUUCUAUCGUGAGUGAGGCCAUCAUCAGCCCUGGUCCCCGGGCCCCCUAGUGCUCCCCA